CCCGGCGUGCUCCGCGGCCGCUUGGCUCACACCGGCCCUUUGACAGGUGGGAGCGCGCCGAGAUGGCGGCGGCCGGCGCUGGGGCAACUCGGCUGCUUCUGCUCUUGUUGAUGGCGGCAGCAGCCCCCAGCCGGGCCCGGGGCAGCGGCUGUCGGGCCGGGACCGCGGCACGGGGGGCUGGUGCAGAAGGCCGAGAAGGUGAGGGCUGCGGCACGGUGGGGAUGCUGCUGGAGCACUCCUUUGAGAUGGAUGACGCCGUGCACUUCCGGAAGCGCGGCUCCCUGCUCUGGAACCAGCAGGACGGCACCCUGUCCCUGUCGCAGCGGCAGCUCAGCGAGGAGGAGCGAGGCCGCCUCCGGGAUGUGGCAGCCCUGAAUGGCCUCUACCGGGUUCGGGUCCCACGGCGGCCCGGGGCCCCUGAGGGCCCAGAAGCUGGUGGCUACGUUUCCUCUUUUGUGCCCGCGUGCUCCCUGGUGGAGUCGCACCUCUCGGACCAGCUGACCCUGCACCUGGACGUGGCCGGCAACGUGGUGGGCGUGUCAGUGGUGACGCAGCCCGGGGGCUGCCGUGGCCACGAGGUGGAGGACGUGGACCUGGAGCUGUUCAACACCACGGUGCAGCUGCAGCCGCCCACCACCGCGCCGGGCCCCGAGACAGCAGCCUUCAUUGAGCGCCUGGAGAUGGAGCAGGCCCAGAAGGCCAAGAACCCCCAGGAGCAGAAGUCUUUUUUUGCUAAAUAUUGGCACCUCAUCCUGGGGGGGGCCGUGUUGCUCACAGCCCUGCGUCCUGCUGCCCCGGGGCCCGCGCCGCCACCGCAGGAGGCCUGAUGGAUGUACAUCAUUCCCGUCGUGCUGUUCCUCAUGAUGUCGGGAGCGCCGGACGCCGGGGGCCAGGGUGGGGCUGGGGGUGGAGGGGGCGGUGGAGGCAGCGGUCGGUGAGGGGCUGGGCCGCCCUGUGUCAACACCCUGUCCCCUCCC